AUGGCUUCAAAGAUUCAAGCCUUCUUGAACCAUCCCGCCGGCCCCAAAACUAUUCAUUUUUGGGCUCCAACAUUUAAAUGGGGGAUCAGCAUUGCGAACAUUGCCGACUUUGCUAAGCCUCCAGAAAAGAUAUCCUAUCCUCAGCAAAUCGCUGUUGCCUGCACUGGAGUCGUCUGGUCACGCUACAGCAUGGUUAUCACACCGAAAAACUGGAACCUUUUCAGCGUUAACGUUGCGAUGGCCGGCACAGGCCUGUACCAGCUUUCCCGUAAAAUAAGGCAAGACUACUUCUCUGAUGAUGGAAAGGAGGUGGCUGCUGCAUCACUGGAAGGGUAG